AAGUAAGUCGAAACUGGUCGGUCGUUUCGAAAUUUCGGGCCGAGCUAAAACUGGUGAACGAAGUCAGUGGCGUGGCAAGUCGGCUCGGUCCAUUGCGCCGCCCAUAUAAUUGCCGCUGUCCUUGAAAACAUAUGUACAGAUGCAUUGAGGGCAUAUCUAUCUGUUUGUGAGCACGGCUGCAGCCGCAGCAUCUCGCAGCCUGCAGCAAUCGGGCCACUACGGUGAAGGCGACGACUAUCGCGCGAUUAUCCCAGGGUCAAAAGCGCCACUUCGCCUUACUCGCGACUCUCGACUUAUCGGACCUCAGUAACCUACCUUACUUCGGUUAAAGUGAGUGCAUGGAACUGUUGCAACACUGUGGCCGGCCACACGAUUGGUGACGUGGUGAUAACGCGAAAGUUACUGGAUUACCAGAGAACGAGGUUACAAGAUCUCAGCUACGCCUCCGCCAGCUUCAAACGUCCUGCCAGUAUCACGAAAGACAUGCGGCCGCCGGCCGUGCGGUCCCCCAGGUAACCGUGCCGAGAUCCGCCCAUGACCGCCGUGCACCGCGUUGUUGCCGCUUCCAGGCCCAUGGACGUGAAACACGACUUGGUUUACCGUCCCGACGGUACGGCGCAGGUUGUGAGCGAGGAGAACGUUCUCCUCAUCAAAACCGAACCGUUGGUUGCUGGUUCUGCCAACUCUGUUGUCAUCCAACCCAACGGUCUGGUGUCGGUGGCAGCUUCAACCGGCUCAGUACUGACUCAGCAACAGGCCAACGGUUUGAACAACGGCCCAUUCAGUGGCUUGGGCGCCAAUUCCGGAUCGCCAGCAUCUUCAAAGGCGCGACGUCCAGUGGCGCCCGACAACGACUGGUUGAGUUCCCCAAGUCCCAGUGGCGGCGCCCCCUCACUCACUCCCUCACCCGGCCCUCCUUCCCACGCGUUCACCGUCAUCAGCAACGGAUACUCCUCACCUCUGUCCAGUGGAAGCUACGAUCCGUAUAGUCCGAAUGGAAAAAUAGGUAUGUACCGCAACAGGUUUUUCCAGCUGAAAUGUGGUAAGCCCGCUCAAGCCCCCUUUGCGCGCACGAAAACUUAGUUAAUGUAGUUCCUUUCGAGUGUACCUACUUCAAAAGGCGCGGCUAAUCGGUUUCGUGAGACAAGAGAGGUACGAAUAUUCAGUCCCCCAAAUGGCUUAAUAAGUAUAUAAAAUCAUUAAUAAAACGUAUAUAAUUAAA